AUGCGCCUCAUUAUUCGCGAGGACCCUACCGCCGUUGGCGAGUAUAUUGGCAAUUACAUCUGCAAGCGUAUCAAUGACUUUGCGCCGACGCCGGAGAGACCAUUCGUUCUCGGACUUCCAACAGGCUCGUCGCCCAUUCCUACCUACAAGCAUCUCAUAAAGCUCGUGAAAGAGGGAAAGCUCUCAUUCAAGAAUGUAGUCACCUUCAACAUGGACGAAUACGUCGGUCUACCCCGGGACCACCCCGAGUCCUACCACACCUUCAUGUUCAGAGAGUUAUUCUCGCACAUCGACAUACCCCCCGCCCAAGUGAACAUCCUGAACGGCAAUGUCAAGAACCUCAUUGGUGAGUGCAAAGCGUACGAGGCCAAGAUUAAGGCGAUGGGCGGCAUCGAGCUCUUCCUCGGCGGCAUCGGCGAGGACGGGCACAUCGCAUUCAACGAACCCGGCUCCUCGCUCGCAUCGCGCACGCGCAUCAAGACCCUCGCGUACGAUACGAUCCUCGCGAACGCGCGUUUCUUCAACAACGAUAUCGCCGCAGUGCCGCGCAUGGCACUCACUGUUGGCGUCGCGACCGUGCUCGACAGCCGUGAGGUAGUCGUUGUCGUCACUGGCCAGCGCAAGGCGCUCGCGCUGAGUCAGGCUAUCGAGCACGGCGUGAACCAUCUCUGGACUCUAUCUGCCCUGCAGCUGCAUCCAUGGGGGCUGAUUGUCGUCGAUGAAGACGCCACAGCAGAGCUGCACGUGAAGACCGUCAAAUACUUCAAGUCAAUCGAGCGCGUGCAAGACGAGGUCGAAGCGAUGCACGCCAAGCUUCAGGCAGAGGGAGUGGAGGACGACCAGGUCGGCAGCAUGGAUUGA